GUCCAAUACUGGAUGAGUGCUACCACCAAACAGGCGGACGAGCGGGCGCCGCUACUUGGUCCACAGCCAAGUACAGUAGAUGCGGGCAAUGAACACCUACCUGAAAGCGAAGUCGAGGACGACUCAGGUCGCAUCUCCGUAGCAAGAGCGGCAAUAUGUGUCGUUGCUUUAGGAUCAUUGAUCUUUNUACAAGCAUUCGCUGGCUUCAUUGUUGGUCGCAUUAUUACUGGUAUCGGAGCUGCUGGCGUAUUCACAGUAUCCAUCAUUGUUGUGCUCGAGCUCAGCGGACCAACCAAGCGUGGGGCUGUCAUUGGUCUCUUGAACUCUGGCUUCACAGUUGGCGUUGCGGUUGGAGCGACAGUGGCAGGUGCAUUGGUGAACAGAGUUGGCUGGAGAGCGCUUUUCUGGAUGCAGACACCGCUUGCUGUUGUUGCUGGCGCAGCUCUCUACUUGGCAAUUCCGACUCAGUUCUCUGCUGCUAGAGGCAACAGUAAAGACAGUAGCUGGAAAAAGCUAGGAACAUUGGACUACCUUGGUGCUCUCACCUUGACCAUUGGUAUCGUUCUGCUUCUUUCAGCAUUGUCGAACCCUCGCCGCAUCCCCAUCUUGCCGAUUGUCUUCAGUGUCAUUGCUCUUGUGACAUUCGUCCUCAACGAGAUGUACCUGGCUACCGAUCCCAUCAUCCCAGUCACACUGCUCAAGUCUCGAGGUAUGGCCUUUACUUGCUUGGGCACAGUGGGCUUCAUGAUGGCUCGCUGGAGUGUCCUCUUCUUUACACCUACCUACACUCUUGCAGUACGUGGCUGGGCUCCCGCCGCUGCUGGCAGCAUACUGAUCGCCACGAACGGAGGCUUUGCACUUGGAGGCAUCCUUGUUGGUGUCUUCCACAUACGACGCCAGGGCAGUUUCUACAUUGCCUGUGUGACGGUAUACCUCUUGUUCCNNCCCCUCACACUUGUGGGCAUUGCGAUGCUCUCAACUGCUGCAGCUUCUUCAUCUCUAUACAUUCUGCUGCUGUUUUUGAACGGUCUCACCGUCGGUGCGGCGAUGAACUACACACUUGCUCAUCUUCUGCAUCUGACACCAGCUUCGACGCAUUACAUUGCUACCUCACUCAUCGCCACCUUCAGAGGCUUCGCUGGAUCUUUCGGCUCAGCCAUUGGUGGAGGAUUAUUCACUCGUCUAUUGAGAAAGUCGUUGGAGGACAAAUUCGAUAGCAGCGAUGCAGAUCUUGUUCGCCGUCUUUUGGGCAGUCCGGCUAUGGUCAGUAUGUUGAAGGGAGCGAAGAAAGCCAAAGCUGUUGCUAGUUACGAAGACGCACUGAGAGGGUUGUUCUUGGCCGCCGCUGGCCUUGCAGUUAUCAUGGUGCUCGUGCAAGCGGCAACUGGUUGGAAGGGCGUCGAGGAUGAGCCCAAGAGCCAGGGUGGGGAAGAAGAAGUCACGCAAUAG